AUGCAGCCCUUCACGCCUGGAACUCGGAACGGCGCACGGAAGAAAAACAUCAGCCUGUCAGCGAAGGAAUACACUAAGGCUAGUCAAACGUUGAUCGUGCUGGGUCAAUUCAUCAACUUUGGCGUAGAUUACUGGCACUAUCGCGUCACACGUAAUGGGCACUCGUCGCGUGAAAGUCGCGCGAGAGGCCGCGAUGAGCCGUCCUUCAUCGCAGAAACCUCGUUCGUUCGCGCACCUCUCAACUCACGAGUCAGCUCCUCCUCCGCUAUGCCGAAAAUCAAGGGCAAGGCGAAGCAAGAGCCACUGCAAAACGUCUCGGUCGACAUACAAGAGGCGCUGAUCCUUGAGGACAUGUUAUAUAUCCUUAUGGGUAUCGAAGGGACAUACAUCACGUUUCACGAAGAUUAUUCUGCCGAGGAUGACGACCCUCUUCAGGGCAUUCGCUUCGUUGUUUCGCCCUCCUUAGAUACCUCUCUUCGUGACUUGGUCGAGCGUAUUCUACCUCUAGGCACCUAUUACACUGCGAUCCUCGCCUUCGUCGAGCAGCGCAGUCAUCUCGAUUUUGGGCUGGUCAAUCAUGCGCUAUGCGCUGCGAUUCGAGAUAUGCUGAAGGACUACCAAACUCUACUAUCACAGCUAGAGCAUGCUUUCACCACCUCUGCCCAAUUCUCCCUGCAGAAGCUGUGGUUUUACAUCCAUCCCACGAUCCACACCCUUUCGCUCAUCUAUCAACUCGUUCUAGAGUUGGGGACGGCCGAUGAUCCUUCUGGUGACCUGGAUUCGUCGUCAACGAGCUCGAUUGAUCCCGAGGAGGAAGCACGAAACGAAGCGUUGGGACUCGGCGGAGCGGGGCUCAGAGCCGUGCUUUCAGAGAUGGAUAAGAACGGAUUGGAUGUUACUGGCGGCAGCGGUAUUCCAGUCAAGGGUGGUGAAGUUCUGGCCAUCAUCUACGAGCGAAUGCAGAAUAUGUCCGGUGACCCAACGGCACACGCGCUACACAGCACACUCCUAAGCGCAGCGGGUGUUCCAUACGUCUCUAUGCUGCGGACUUGGAUAACGACAGGCCGGCUAGUAGAUCCAUACGAGGAGCUACUCGUGAAGGAGAGCAAAUUCAUCAACCGAGGGAUAUUGGAGAUGGACUAUACUGAUGAAUAUUGGGAAAGGCGGUAUACACUACGUGACGGCUCGACCCUCGCUGGCUUAUCUAAGAGGCGACAAGCUGGUGUUCCGCUACCCAGGACAGUCAACGGACGAUUGCCAGGUGGAGCAUGUGUUCCUCCCUUGCUCGAAGGGUGGAAACAUAAGAUUCUCCUUGCGGGAAAGUACCUAAACGUCAUUCGAGAAUGCGGGAUGGAAAUCCGAAGGGCGGAUGACUAUGCCUCGGACGCCAGCUUAGAUGAUGAGAAAUUCUACGCAUUCAUCGAAGACGCAUAUACGCACGCCAACCAGACACUGCUGCAGCUGUUGCUACGCGACCAGCAGCUCAUUCCUCGACUUUCAUCCCUGAAGCGAUACUUCUUUCUGUCGCAAUCUUCGUUUUUGACGCAUCUGCUUGAUCUUUCUCAUACGGAGCUUCGCAAGACAGCCAAAUCGGCGUCGAUAGUCAAGUUGCAGAGUCUUCUUGACUUGGCUCUGAACACCGACUCGCAUGGGGAAGACCAGCUUUUCCGAGAAGACGUCAAAGUGACAAUGGCUCCCAGCGGAUUGUACGAGUGGCUUCUUAAUGUCGUCAACGUCAGCGGUGUGAUUGGUGGUGAGGAUGGUGAGCCGGAAACCCAUCACGAGGAACAAAAGAAAGAAAAAGACGACAAAAAGCCAAUGCUUGCGAUCGACGCCCUAGCGCUGGAUUACACCGUCAAGUUUCCGCUGUCUCUGGUCAUUUCACGAAAGACUAUACUGCGAUAUCAGCUCUUGUUCCGAUUUCUGCUGCAUCUAAAGCAUGUUGAGCAGUCGUUGACUGCGAUGUGGACAGAGCACAAGACCCACCCUUGGAGGGUGCCUGUGCCCCAUCAUCCUGAACUGGAGCGAUGGCGGCUGCGCGUCUUUUUGUUGCGAGCCCGGAUGCUUUCCUUUGUGCAGCAGAUUCUCGCUUUCUCGACGUUUGAGGUUCUGGAACCGAACUGGCGCGUCCUGGAGGGUAAACUAGCCCGGGUGACGACGGUGGACCAGCUGCUCAGGGAUCAUGUCGAUUUCCUGGACACUUGCCUGAAGGAAUGCAUGUUGACAAGUUCCAAAUUAUUGAGGGCAUACUCUCGACUGAUUGUGACAUGCUCUACUUUUGCUUUGUACACCUCGUCCUUCACCAAAUCUGCUGGCCAAGCAAUAACUGCCUCUGAGACCAGCGAAGGGGAUCAAGCCAUGGCCAAACGCUGGGACUUUUUGGGCAAAUUUGAAACCAACUUCAAUCACUGGUUCAAGUGCUUUCUGCACGCAACUAAUGUCGAAGCAGCUCACUUCGCUCAUUCGUCUUCAAGUGUUUUCCCGCGGAGCAACUUUUCUUCUGAAUCAAGCUCUCGUUCGCCUGGCUUCCCCCAUCGCGAAGGCGUCCGGAAUGCUCUGCUACGUGUCAAGAACGACCAAAAUCCGGGGAAUCUCUCCUUCUUCCCUAUCGCUGUAGGACUUCCUCUGUCUUGUAUAACCAGCGCUGGAUACUCGUAUAUCGCAUCGGCGGAGACGAAAGCUCAGUCGGGGUUCUAUGGAGCGCUGGGGCUGUACGCGUUUGCAGCGGUGCUGGAACUUUGGUGUGAACCGAUGCAUAAUCGUGCCAUGGCGGAGAUGAAGACACACAUACGUGUCCGAGCUGAGGGCGCCGGAGUCAUGUUCAAGACCCUGGUCACAUUCCUCGUCUUGUUCUGUGACUCGAGGUUUGUCUUGGAUGGGAAGCUGGCGCUGGCAGCUUUUGCUCUCGGUCAGCUUGCCUACGCCCUCACUCUGCUCGUUGUAUACGUCGGACACUUUGGCAUCGCUGCGCUGUUUCCUCAACCGAAGAACGGAAACUCUCCUCCGGCCGAUAACGAAAUAUUCCGAGUGUCUUUGACGAUGACGUCCCAGUCUGUCAUCAAGCACUUCCUCACAGAGGGAGACAAGCUCGUACUUGGCUACUUCAGUCCUCUCCGGGAUCAAGGAGGCUAUGCCGUGGCCGUCAACUAUGGGUCUUUGAUAGCUCGUAUGGUAUUCCAACCCAUCGAGGAGACAUCUAGGAUAACGUUUUCUCGGAUGUUGGCUCCUCCACCGAGUCAAGAGGCUCUCCGGGAGGCAGCGGAUUCGCUUCUGAACCUGUUAUCUCUUCAAAUGGCCUUUUCUUUCAUCCUCCUUAUCUUUGGACCUGCAUAUAUGCCUGUGCUUCUGCCUGUUCUCUUGCCGCGACAGUAUCUCUCGACGAGCGCCCCUCGAGUUCUUGGGGCCUGGAUAUGGUACAUUCCUGUACUUGCUCUGAACGGAGGAUUGGAGGCCUUCAUCUCAAGUGUAUCAACACCCAAAGAUCUGAACAGACAGAGCUGGUGGAUGGCCAUCUUUUCAUUCAUUUACAUCGCGUCUGCUGUGGAAUUAUACAGCCUCGGAUUCGGUGACGCUUCGCUCGUUUUUGCCAAUAUCCUGAACCUGGGGGCCAGGAUCGCAUACGCAACACACUUCAUAACCGGUUACUUCACAGCGCAUCAAGCCCGUUCCAGUCUCCAUUGGCAAAGCGUUCUCCCUCACUGGAAGUUCUCGAUGGCAUGCUGUGUUUCAUGGGCUGCCAUCCGUGAGAGCGCCACGAUCUUGAACGUUCGAACAAUUGUUGCCCAUACUGGGUCGGGCGCUGGCGUUCGGUUGCUGAUCCACAAAUCCAUUUUGAUACAUAUCGGGAUCGGGGGUGCGAUGGGAUGUGCGUGCUUAGGGACGUGGUGGUACACUCAGGGUAGACAGCUGCUCAGGCUAAAGAUCAAGAAAGAGUAGAUUGCAGUCAUCGAUUGACAGAGAACCGAGUUAUCUAUGAAGCCGAUGAAGUAGAUAAGAAUCGGUAAGCAAGGGCUCCCCGGCAUCAGGAACAGUAGCAAUCCUAUAGUGUCCUUCCAGAAGCCGUGGGACAGGUGGGCCAGCUCACAGGGCAGGCAUUCACACUGCCCUGCGGCACAUCAGGGUGAUGUAUCAAGCUCAGGAGUCAAUUCUGACCGGGGCAGUGCGACGAAUGAUGGCUAGGUAGACGUUGCUAGGGAGGCCGUUGAGAAAGCAAGGUUCCAAGAAGAGGUAGUUGCUUUGUAGCGAGGGGGUCGCAAUGCAUUGAGCAAGCAAAUGGUGAAAGCGAUUGCCAGGCGAAAGCAGAACAAAGGUCCCUUGAGGCGACAGCGAGG